CGAAUGUAACCAUGACAUGAGGAACAAUUUAGUAUAGUAGUAGAGGUGUUUUAGGUUUUAAGUAGGAAUUUUUUCACGGUUGAAUUCUCUCUAAGGUGGAAUCUCCGUGACUGGAUGCUAGUCGUGGGUGAAUUUUCUUCAAGCGAUCGUGGUUAAGAUCGAUUCCAUGGGUCAACGAACAGCGCUAAGAUUACGUUCAAAACUGCAAGCGAUCUUCUUCAAGUUAGGGUGUUUCUGCCAAAGAAACUGUUGGGUUGUUCUCGCUGUUGGAUUUUUUAUUCUUAUCGGGCUCUCUGUUGGGAUCAUAACAGCGAAAAUUGAGACAGAUGUGGAGAAAUUAUGGAUGGAAGUUGAUGGAAGGCUUGAAAAGGAAUUGCAGUACACCAAAGAUUCAGUUGGAGAAGGAGCAGGAACAACUAAUGAACUCAUAAUCCACGCUGCCAAUGAAGGUGGCGAUAAUAUUUUGUCGGUGGAUUCGAUGCAGAAGCAUCUUAAAGCAGUUCAAAAAGCUAUAGAAAUUAAGGUCGACAUAUUCGGCAAGACUUGGUCUCAUACAGACCUCUGUUACGUACCAGAGGUUCCAUCUUUUAAUAAUUCUUUAGUGGACGGGAUCAUAGCAGCCAUUAUUCCCUGCCUCGUUAUAUCUCCACUGGACUGCUUCUGGGAUGGAGCUAAGAAUCUUAAACUUAGAGCCGAGCUACCAUCCGUUGCCAAAGUGUUUCCCUUAGAAUGGACCGAAAGCAACCCGACUUUUCUUUUAACACUGUUAGAUCAGUUUAAUAUUGAAGGCAAAGAGGAAAUUAAAGAUCUGUUUGUCAAGGCUGGUAUCACCAGAGGAUAUCAAGAAAAGCCUUGCCUUGACCCGACAGAGCCUAAAUGCCCGAGCACAGCUCCUAACUCUCCCUCAAAAACAGGAAAGGCACCAGACGUAAAGUCAGAGCUAAAUGGAGGUUGCAAAGGUUUUGCAACAGAAUUUAUGCAGUGGGCUGAAGAGCUAAUUGUUGGUGGAGUAACAAAACACAAUAAUACGUUGACGAGUGCCAAAGCGCUUCAAACAAUUCUCGUUCUCGCGGGUCCACAAGGUCUGUACAAACGAUGGGCAGACAAAUCUCAGGAGUUGAAUGUGCAUUGGAGCUUGGAUACUGCGAAACAAGUCCUAGAGGCAUGGCAACGGCGCUUUACAGAGGAAAUCAAUGAAGACGUCAAAGAAACUGACGAGUUUAGUAUCCUAGCUUUUGACUCAACCUCUGUCACUGACUUAUUGAAGGAGUUCUCAGAGACCAGCGUGUCAAGAAUUGCUAUAGGAUACGUACUCAUGCUCAUUUAUGCGUGCAUAACUCUGAAGCGCUGGUGUGAGCCAAUCAGAUCUCAUGGUGCCCUGGGGUUUGUGGGUGUGCUCUUGGUUACGCUCUCGGUGGCUGCUGGGUUUGGUUUUAGUGCAUUGUGUGGGAUAACAUUCAACGCUGCAUCAACUCAGGUGUUACCGUUUCUUGCCCUCGGUCUGGGCGUGGAUGACAUGUUUCUUCUGGCUCACUCGUAUUCCAGCUUAAUACGGGGUGGAGACAUCCGCCAUGUGGAAGAAGUUGGCUACUGUCUGGGAACCACUGGGGUUAGCGUGUUUCUGACGUCAUUCAACAACAUGUUAGCGUUCUUCAUGGCGGCGUUGAUUCCUAUACCAGCCCUGAGAUAUUUUGCGCUACAGGCUGCUGUUGUUGUUAUCUUUAAUUUCAUCGGAGUCAUCAUCAUUUUUCCGGCCAUGCUGGGAGUCGAUGUGCAAAGAAUGAGACAUCAUCGAUACGACAUCAUCUGCUGUUUGAAAAGCUCGUCCAAGAAUCAAGGUAGUGAAGAAGUGUUGUCUAAAACAAGAAGCGAGUUUCCAUCAACAACUGAAAGAGAAAAAAAUCAACAUGAACUUGAGCACUCCGACAAUCACGCUGUGUCUAAACCCUCCAACACCAUGGUCAUGAGCAAUGGAAAAUCAGAUUCUUCUAUCGGCGAGGUCCUGGUAAACGAGUAUACAAAUAACUUGGACAAGCAGUCUAAACUGUCUUACGAUAGCGAAGCAAGUAUGAUGAGAAAUCACCUCAGUCCUAAUGCAUCACAGCAUGGUACUCCGAGUAGCGUAGUUGAUUCCUCAGUAAAUGGUAACGAUGAUGGAUCUUUCCGGUACAAAUGCGCACCUAUAUCGCUUCAAAAUUUUGCCACAGUUUAUUAUGGCCCUGCACUGCAGAAAACGCCGGUUAAGGUUGCAGUGAUUUUGUUCUUUCUUGGUCUUCUUGCUGUGGGGAUUUACGGUGCCUUUCAAGUGGAAGACGGUUUAGAGCUCACCGAAGUAGUUCCACACAACAGCGUAGCGCACAAAUUUGUGGAAGCUCAAUUCAAGUAUUUCUCAUUUUAUCCCAUAACUCUUGUUACACAAGAUAACUUUGACUACGCCAACAAACAGAACACUUUAUUAUCCUACCACGAAGCAUUUAAACAGAUACCAAAUGUUAUUAGAAUUCCUGGUUCAGAAGAAAUUCCCAAAUUUUGGCUUAUGUACUUUCGAGACUGGCUCAAUGAUGCACAGACGUCAUUUGACCAAGACUGGGCCAAUAAAACCAUAACCGACGCUGGCUGGACUGAAGCAGCAUCCAGUACUGGGGUAAUGGCUUAUAAACUACUAUCUCAGACAGAUGAAUCAGAUAACAUUGACCGAACACAGGUUCGAAACUACAAGCUUGUGAGCAAUGGAAUCAUUCGUCCUGAAAUAUUCUACAAAGCUCUCACAGUUUGGAUCGAUAGGGACGUAUUAGGAUAUGCAUUUUCACAAGCCGACAUUAAGCCAAAGACUGUUGACUUUUCAAAUACAAGAUCCUCCCAAGAUGAUAAAGCAAUGAUAGUGGCUGCAGCUCAACCGAUCACGUUCGCAAAGAUCAACUUUAACGUCAUUGGUCUUCAAGAAACAAAAGACUUUGUAAAGUUGAUCAAGGAUGUUCGAGAGAUUUGCGACAAAUACGCCGAAGAAGGACUCCCUAACUACCCCAGUGGGGUCCCCUUCACGUUUUGGGAGCAGUACAUUUGGCUAAGGCGGCAAAUUAUCAUCGCAAUUUCCAUAUCGUUGGCGGUGAGCUUUUUAGCAAUGGCAGUGUUGUUGUUCAACAUCUGGGCUGCAGCAGUCAUCGUACUUGUCUUGGUGAUGAUAACAGUUGAAGUGUAUGGCUUCAUGGGCUUGGCUGGAAUAAAACUUAGUGCUGUACCUGCAGUGACACUAAUUCUGUCUGUUGGAGUUGGAGUGGAGUUUACUGUACACAUGUGCAUGGCAUUUAUGCAGGCCGUCGGUGAUAGAAACCAGAGGAUGCAGAAGGCAAUAGAACAUGUGUUUGUACCAAUCGUGGACGGUGCCAUCUCAACGCUUCUUGGCGUUGUGAUGCUGGCAGGAUCCGAAUUCGAAUUCAUAGUCAGAUACUUCUUUAACCUUCUCCUAGCAUUGAUAUGUAUUGGCACAUUUAAUGGCCUCCUAUUUCUACCAGUUUUCUUGUCUCUGGCCGGGCCUGGAGCAAUGGCAACUGAAGUCCCAACUCCCAGCCUAUCAAAUUCAUUGGCCAUUCAAAACCAGGCAACCGCUCCUUCCUCUGCUGGUUCAGCGAUAAAUGAUUUGGAACUAGAAGAACAUGAGCCAAGCAGUGAAACUAAAGGAAACGAGAAACCUCUCGAAAGGACCAAUCCGAUGAUUAAACAUUGGGCACAAGUGGAACCGACGUAUGAUAAAGAACCAUGGAAUUCAGACAUGGCGACGAUUGAAGGGCCGCGUCAGCAUGAGCUGGAUGAUGUCAAAUUUUGACGUAAAAAGUUUAAUUAGUUAGCAUACCAUCAAUAUACCAGAAGACCACCUCGACGUGAUUUGGAAGCCGCGACUGACUACUAACUAUAGAUUACUCGUCCCAGUGCUCACGGUCCUCACGUUUCGUUUAGAGGCGCGAGCGCUGGGAAAAAUCAUUUUCAAGUUUUUCAGAUUUAGACGCUGGAGAUAUUUUUAAAGCCCUUCCUAAAAUUUCACUUCAGUGUGUUGUUAUUACCACCAUCAUAUAAGAUGUUAUGUAAUACAAAAAUAUACCCAUGGGCCGCACAAGGUGUGGUAAUUCUGUCCUUUCCAAAUAAGAUUCUAAAAUAACUGAUCUUUCGUUGACUUGGGUUUUUUUGCUUGAACAUGCGCUAAACGUCCCUUUGUAUAUUGACAAUGGCGACCUCACUCUUUUUCUAUGAGUAUUUUUUUUGGCAUUUUUUGCGUGACAGGGUUGUUUCUUCCGUUUUCCUUUUUCUUUGAAAAUUUGCACGGGAAAUUGACGCGAGGUGUGCAUGCGCAACGUUUGACCGCUGUGAUUAAUGUUUACUUCUCACAGGUAUUCACGGUUCUCAGCGGUUAUCUCCAUCGAAGCAAAUAGUGCUUCAAAUACCACUAUUAAAUGUAACUUCAAUAAGGUACACUACUUAUUUAUUUAUUCUACAGUUAACUGAUGUGUUAUCAUGUAAAUAUAUUAGGCUAACUAUGAAAAGAAAUUAUUUAAACAAUUGAAUUUACACACAGUAAAUUAUAUCCCCUUUGUUUACAUAAAUAUCUGUUGAAAUGCAUCAAUUAUUCUAGUAUUUUUCUUUAAAUUUUGAAGAUAUCUGAGCAAAUGAAAUAAAAUUUCAGAUAUUGCAAAGGAAGCACUUUAACAGAAUGAUAAGUUUACCAAAGAGCACCACAUUAUUACCAAUCCAUCAUUUUUUUUUUUUUUAGAAAAUGAAUUUUUUUAAAAAUGGUUUAUUGAAAAAAAAAAAAAGUAUCCAAUUCUAAACUCCUACUUUUGGAAUUAUGACAAAUAUUGCACAAUAGUUCUAUACUUGGUUAUCAAGAUAUGAUUAAUGGUUAUGUAAACUUUUUAUUUAAUGUAUUUUAAGGAAAAUAUUUUGUAAAAGGAAAAAAAAGUGUUGGAUGUGAAACGUUUUUUUUUUUAAUUUAAAACUUUAAGGGUUCAGUGGCUGGACUUGAACAAGAGUUAGCAUUAAAUGUUUGACUGUACAGGCAUUGUAUAAUUGUGUAAAAUGUCACAACAUUAGAGGAAUAUUGGAUGUAAAUGAUUAAAGAAAAAACUUUUUUUCUCUCAGAUAAUUUUGUUCCUCCACUCAAGUGUUAACUGCAAAGAAAACCUUACCCCACCCACACUGGUCACUAGUCUCCACUCAAGCAAAAGAUAUAUUAAGAGGAGACCAAAACGACCCCUUUCUGAGAGGCCUGUAAUUUGAAAAGUAAAGAAUUCCUGGCCUUAUUUCAGGUCUUUUGUAUUCCUAUAAAGUAGCCCUUCUGGCUUAGGCAGGAGGCAACUUGGGUAAAAACAAUAUAAUUAUCAUUGCGAGUGAGGCCAAGAAAGCAUAUCUGCA